AUUGGAAAUAAAAUAUUUCCACUAAACUCCCAGGCCAGCCUUAAACAGUCCCAUAUAUAUUUUCUCCGUUUUGUGAUAAUUAGAACACUUUAUUUUCAAGGGGUAUCAAUUAACAAACAUCCCCGAAGGGAAGUUAGUGACUUUAAGCAAUUUCAUCCACUCCCGGUAGAACUAACCCUCAAACUUGUGAUAUCACCUCCAAUAUCACUUUGGCUAUCUCUCAAGCUUUUAACGAUUCCCAGGUAAUAUCAAGCCAUUCCAAAUGAUCCAACCGAACGAUCUCUUAAGAUGGUGGUUGGAGAUGGUUGGCGGAGUCUCGAAGGGGAGGGGUGGCUAUGGUGUUUUAGGAUUUGAGAGGAGAAAAGGGAUAGCGAGAAAGGGAAAGAGGAUGGAAAAACCUAAGGGAUAAGAAAUCAAGUAAUCAAGAAAUGACAAAGAAAUAUGUAAAACAAACCACCCCAAUGGGAAUAUAGUAUGUUAAUUCUCUUACCCACUACCCCAACCUAACAGCCCCUUAAUGCGACUCGUAGAACUACAUGUAACCGGUGUAUAUAUUGAUUUGUGCCCUUUUCCUCUUUGUACUUCCCCUUUACCUUUGAAUGCUUGAUCCAAAAAUUGAUAAACUUUAUUCAUAUAUCAUUUUUAUUUUUAUUUUCUGUUCAAAAUUACAUCUCUUUGUAACCUUAGAUCUUCAAUUUGAUUUGUUCAACUUGUAAUAUCCUUGGAAUCAAUGGAUGGUUUGGCUGAAAAAGUUGUUGAUGGGGUUAGUGAUUCCGGUGUUGUGGCUCUUGUAUCAGGGGAUGGCACUACUAUUUCGGAGGUUUCGGGUCCUGAACUGGAUGUUGUGCCUGCUGGAAUUGAUAUUGAGGGUCUUGAUUCAGAAAUUGAGGCUCCAGUUCCUUAUAUUGUCGAAACCCAGAUUGACCUUGAAGUUCUUGACACUCCAGACUGUGAUGAUUGGGAAAAUAAUUUGGACAUACAACUCAAUUCCCCCAACCUUCACUCUGUUUCUGAUGGGAGAGAUGGAAAUGAUCAGUUAGUUGAUGAUGAACCUAGCAAGCCACCAGUGGAAGUCCAGCCUAUUGUUGUCCCUCAAAUUUCUGUGGAUGAACUACGGGAAGUUACAGAAAACUACAGCUCCAAUGCUUUAAUAGGGGAAGGCGCAUAUGGCAGCGUGUACUAUGGUAAGCUUAAAAAUGGGCGUGCAGCAGCUAUAAAAAAACUGGAUGCCAGCAAACAACCAGAUGACGAAUUUUUAUCCCAGGUUUCUAUGGUUUCAAGGCUAAAACAUGAAAAUUUUGUUGAAUUGCUUGGUUACUGUGUUGAUGACAACCUACAUAUUCUUGCUUAUGAGUUUGCAUCCAAUGGAACUCUUCAUGACAUCCUUCAUGGGAGGAAGGGUGUUGAAGGAGCACAACCUGGGCCUGUUUUGUCAUGGGCUCAACGGGUUAAAAUUGCAGUAGGUGCUGCCAGGGGGCUUGAGUUUUUGCAUGAGAAGGCAGCUCCCCCCAUUUUUCAUCGUGAUAUUAAGUCUAGUAAUAUACUGCUCUUUGAUGAUGAUGUUGCUAAGAUUGGUGAUUUUGAUCUGUCAAAUAAAGCUCCGGAUAUGGCAGCACGACUUCAUUCUCGUGGCUAUCAUGGACCUGAGUAUGCGAUGACAGGGCAGCUCAAUGACAAGAGCGAUGUGUACAGUUUUGGUGUUGUAUUGCUUGAGCUUCUCACUGGUCGGAAACCUGUUGAUUAUACCUUACCUCGUGGACAGCAAAGUCUGGUGACAUGGGCUAGACCUAAACUCAGUGAAGACAACGUCGAGCAGUGUGUUGAUCCUAGGCUCGAUGGAGAAUAUCGUGGCAGAGGUGUUGCCAAGAUGGCUGCAAUUGCUGAAUUGUGCUUAAAUCCUGAACCUGAUUUUCGGCUAAACAUGAGCAUCGUUGUCAUGGCACUCCAACCUUUGUUAAAUGUUGCACCAUACAUAGCCAGCCAGACAUGUUAAGGUGUAUGUGAAGUUGGGUUGGGACGAAUGUCGUCUUUCAUUUUACUUAAUUGCUUUUUUUUUUUUUUUUUUAAAAAAAACCUUUGGAAAGAUGUGUAUUUGAGACUUUGAGUAGCAUGGGUCAACACUCAAAAGUCAACAUCAUCUUUGAGUAAUCUGUAUAGGGUUGUUUUGGGUUUGUUGUAUUGGUUAGACGAUUAUUUUGAUACAUGGGUAAUCGGGGUUGCAGAGGACCCUUGGCAGACAAGGCAAGUUACUAGGCUCAAUCCCAGUCCAAUCAGGAUAAGUCAUUUUUUUUAAUGUUUUUUCAGUGGUCCUACACGGUUUUACUAGUCCUUAAGGAUUGGAUUUUACGUGUAGGAAAAAAAAGAGUAUAUUAUCACAAGGAGUCCUAGUCUAAUUAGGUGUUUAUUUAUAUUGCCUAUACUAAGGGUCUUAGGAUGUGUAUUUGUGUUUGAUUGAGAUUAAUGAAGUUUAGAGUUUUGUAAUAUAAGUAGGUGAGAUGCUUAUUCUAAUGAGUUAAAUGCUUAUUUAUUUUGUUUAUGUA